AUGGCAUCAAAAGAGACCACAGCGUCAGCCUUUGCUAAUGUCAGCAGGGAAAUCACAGAAAGCAUCAGGAAAGUGUUGGACAAACAGGCUAUUAAAUUUGUGAGGGCUAUCAAAAUGGACACCAGGAGCGGUAAAUCGGAAGACAGGAUUCUGGUCCUGGCAACAUGGAGACUGUAUCUCUUUGCUGUCAAAGUGCCUACAAAGGUGGAGGUCACGUUCAACUUUUUAGAAAUUCGUGCGAUGAACACUUAUCAAGAACAUCAGGUUAUAAUUGACACUGACAAGACCACUUAUUCGCUGAGACUGGAGACGCAGGACCAGUUGGAUGACAUGGUUGGUCACAUCAACUACGCUCUCUCCCGAAUCUUCAACAACUCCAUUUAUGCUCCACCCAUUUGUCGAGCAGAAGGAGACAUCACUGAUGGAAUUCACACAUAUUCACCAAUUUCAGAGUCGUCAUUAGAUCCCCAGAAAACCUGUGGAGGUUUUUCAGAGACAUAUGCAGCACUGUGUGACUAUAAUGGAAUUGGUUGCAAAGAAGAAGUGCAAUGGGAUGUUGACACCAUCUACCACUCGCAGGAUAACCGAGAGUUAAACCUACUGGAUUUCAGCCAUCUUGACAGCAGGGACCUGGCUGUUAUUGUGGCAUCAAUUGCAUACAAUACUUGGUUCACCAAGCUUUACUGCAAAGACAUGCGUAUUGGGUCAGAAGUGGUAGACCAAGUCCUUCAUACUGUCAGCAAGUCCAACAGCUUGGAAGAACUCACUCUGGAAAAUGCUGGACUAAAAUCGGAUUUCCCUCAAAAAAUGGCAUCAGCCCUGUCAGAGAAUCCAGCCUCCGCAAUUCACUCUCUCAACCUGGCUCACAACACACUUGACAACCAAGGUGUUUCCAAUCUGAUUCAACAAGUGUGUCGUCUAAACAAGGGCCUGAGCCUCCUGAAUCUCUCAAAGACCUCACUUUCUUCUAAAGGUGUCGUAUCUCUAUCCCAGGCAUUGUGUUCUAGUGAUGAUUACUCCAGUUCUUUGCUGCACCUGGACCUUAGUAAAAAUCCAGGGGUUCUGUCUGGAGAGGAUGCUACGAAUCUGUACCUCUUCCUUGCCCAGCCCAACUGUCUAGUCCAUUUGGAUUUGUCUGGAACUGACUGCACAGUGGACUCGUUGUUUGGAGCCUUGCUAAGAGGCUGCUGCGCGGACCUCUCCUACUUGAACCUUUCUAAGAAUUGCUUCUCUAACAGGAAAGUGCGAGAUUCUCUGCCAACUUUCCGGCAGUUCUUCAGCUCAGCCUUUAGCCUCACUCAUGUGAGCCUGGCCUCGAUGAAGGUUCCUCCUGAUUGGCUUAGAGCUCUGUUCCUUGGUUUGUCUAAUAAUCCCCAUAUUACAGAUUUGCAGCUGGACAUCAGUGCCUGUGAGUUAAGGACUGCAGGUGCAGGGGUUAUUCAGGAGCUUUUUCCAAGAGUGUGCUGUGUUGGGACUUUAGAUAUCUCUGAUAAUGGCUUGGACUCUGAUUUAUUGGCUGUCAUCCCAGCAUUCUCAAAACACCCUUCCCUCAAACACCUGAUGCUGGGGAAGAAUUUUAACAUUAAGGGCAGGGUGCUGGACGAAAUUCUUCAGAAACUGGUUCAUUUGGUGCAAGAGGAAGAGUGUGGCCUACAAUCCCUCUCUUUGACUGACUCGAGACUCCGCCAGAAAGGAACCAUGUUUGUCAAUGCCCUGGGCUCUAACACAUGCCUUCGGAAGGUGGACCUGAGUGGCAAUGGCUUGGAUGAUUCUGGAGCAAAGAUGCUCAGCAAAGCCCUGCAAAUUAAUACAACGCUCAGAAGUGUUACAUGGGAUCGCAACAACACCACGGUGACAGGCUUCCAAGAUGUGUCAAGAGCACUGGAGCACAAUUUUACACUGCAGUAUAUGCCUCUCCCCCUAAAUGAUGCGACACAGGCAUAUCGCAGUGCUCCAGAAAAGACCGACCAAGCUCUGACCAGAAUCCAGCGUGCCCUGCUCAGAAACAACCAGACACAGCGUUUUUCUCAAAAGCAAGCUCUUAGACUUCAUCAGGGCCUCGUCACGAGUACAGCCGAACAGGUUAUGGAUCGUUUGUGCGUGCGGGUGCAACAGCAGGUUGGUGUGCUAAAAGGCUGUGAGGAAGCAGAGGAGGUCCAAACUGCCAGGCAGAUCCUGAAGGAAGCCCGAAACUCCAGAGCUCUUUAUCCUUCCCUAUGUGAACUGGCUCAUGUGUUGUCCAUGGAUGGCCCAGUUAGACAACGACUGGAUACCCUGGCGGGGGAGCUAGCACGGGCUGCCGACAAAGAGCUGCAGGUGGUUGUCGACUCAAUGGUGUCUCUGUGCCGGGAGUUGUGUCCCAUGUCCUGCUCAGCUUCUGAAAGACUCAGCCCACCUCUAUCGUGCAUAUCAGAGCAGGUUUCGAUCCCUCGCUCAGCCAUUCGCAACGCCCUCAUGGAAAGAGCAUCCGAGGAUAUUAACAGAGCCCUAGAGGAGGUGAAGUUGUCCGUAGUGUCAUAUUUAACCAACUCUAUUGUGGAUCAGAUCCUACAAGAACUCUACACAACCCAUAAAACACUGCUGCGGCAGGUGACUCAUGCUAAGCGCUGGGAUGAUGUGGGUACAGGAAGACACACAAUCAGACAGUCCAGAAUCAUGGAGUCUCUGGAUUUCCCUGACGAAGACAUGGGCGUCAACCUGGGAAUAGUAAGUGACACAAUGGCUAUAAAGAAGCGGAGCUCCAGAACUAGAAGAAUACGUCCCGUCUCCACCAGACCAAGUCUCGGAGACGAGCCUAGUUCCUCUCCCACCCCUUCUGCUCCUCCACCCUCAGCCCAUCUUUCCCACUCGGCAUCAUGGGAGUGCCUAUCCACUCUUCCCACCAAUGGCUCCCCCUUGCAACAUGUGACCCAUGUGCGGCCUCGUCCUCCACGGAGACACAGAGCAGUUCACCUUCCCCCAGAAUCUCAUUACUUUGAGAAUGGUGGAGUCAAUACACUCGAGGAUGGAUUGCCAGAUUUCUACAAUAAGAGAGUUCUCCCUGACAGCCAGUUGUCAUCCAUUGAUCAGGCCCAGUCACUGAGAAGGAAAAAGAGACGCAGCGUGUUGUCCAUUUUCUCUGGUUUCCGCAAGAGCCGCAACUCUACCAUAUCAAACCAGGAUUUAGAUGGCACUUCAGAGAAUGUCUACUCGAUGAUUCAGCACCCAAAGGAUGCUGGAAGCACAGAUAAUUUUAUGCAUGGAGGAAACGGGACCAUACCAUCGCCUCGCGUCGGACAAGGUGUUGCUGUCCAAGGUUUGAGGCCCACCAGUCCGUCCUGCCUUAUUCAGCGACAGUCCACAGACCUGGUCAGUAUGGUGUACAGCUGCAUUGGUGCAGACAUUGAGGAAUCGGAUGCCAGCAGCACAGACACCAAGGCAAUUGAUGAAGAUGCUAACAGGUCAUCUGGCAUCUCAGACAAUCACAUUAACGACCAUGAUGCGUGCUCUAAGAAGCAGAUGGACAGGUUGGUGGAGACGGGUAGGCAAGAGAGGAUCGUACCUCUGACUGGCCUGCAGACAGACUUGGAUGGUGAUGUUCAAUGUAGCAACAAAAGUAUGAAGCCUGAGCCACCACCGCAAAACACCAAGCCCAGUCUUUCUGCCAUGAGGCAGAGACACCUGCAGGAGAGUUUAGCGGAGGCUGGGAGGUUGGAAGCAGAAGAAGAGCAGAAUGAAAGAAAGCGUGAAGACAAAGACAGGACGCGAGGACCAGAGGGGCAGCGCCCUCUCAUUCCUGUCAAGCCUAAUCUUGACCUCACAAGAGACAAAACCUCUCUGGAACCCCCCAAAAUAUCUCCUAAAAUCUCACCGAUCAGUCAAGAAGGAACGGAUGCCCAGAGGUGUGCACCUCUUGCGGAGUCUGUCAGUCAUGACGAAGUCACCAGUAAAGAGUGGAGAAGCCCGCCAGCAACUGCCAAGUCUGAGAUAGAUUCAGCUCCAGACAGUGUUCUUAGUGAAGGCAUGGAGCGGGGCAAUCACAAUCUGGAGAGGUUUUCAGAUACCAGACUCUCCGUGAAAAAAUCUUAUUUCCCCCGAUACAGAAACAGAUCUGUGGACUACCCUGCAGGGACCAGCUCCCAGAGAAGGCAGAUGUGGGACAUGAGGGGAGAAAGGGUGAGGUACCAAUACGUUGGAGGCAAGCUGGACGACAACUUGUCGCCGCUAGGUCUCGACCUACUCGUCUGGUUCUUGAUCGACUACCCUUAUUUAAUCAGCCACUUAUUUUAUGGAGGAGAGAUUGUCAAUAAUUAUCAAGGGUUUUUGGAGUUUUUCCUUGCAGACAUGGAAGGUCUAAGGAUGAGGGAUGCCCAGGACUUGGACUAG